UUCGCCCACGGUGGGCUUGAAAUCGAUACUCGGAGAUCAAGAGUUGCAUGCUCUAGGGACUGAACCAGACACCGCAGUAAACCUAUUCUUGUUUAAAGACCGUAACUUAAUAUUUGAAAAGCAUACAUCUUUACAUAGCACUCUCAGGGCCAUUAAACAGGUCUUAAAACUUCAGACUCUCUACAGCCAAUUACGAGAUAACUUUACGUAUUUCUCAACCACGUCCCACCAACUUCUCUUUUUCGGUCUCAAGCACCUAUGCAGAUUUGACCUGUUCUCUUAAAAAGUUUAAGGAAGCGCAAGGAAAUGCCAAAACAAACGUUUGCUCGUUUCCCCGGCACUACCACGUCCUAAGCACUGGCUUCUGGAGGCCCACAACACAUUCCUUCCCGAAAUGUUUACCCCAAACUUUUAAACCAGAAGCUUUACAAUCUGGGCAUAAAUUCAGUCAAGCUGCCCCUUGCCUAUCUGCAAUCUCAAGUACACGCCACCAGCUCUGUACCACAAGAGUGGAGAGGAGCAGAAGCCGCCCGUGAAGCCGAUGCUCAGUCACCCGCGCCUGGGGAGGGGGACUCGACGACUAGCUAGUGCCAAAUGUGAGCUAACUUUCCACUAACGGAAUCGGAAAAUUCAGUUAUUUCUUGUGACACGGCUUCCAAAAAGAAAUGAACGUUCUUUGAAACAUUCACUGCUACUGACGCUAGUCAGUCAGGUCUGGGAUAAGACCAGUCAACCUACCCACAGGCCAAACAAGGAAGUCUUGCGUUUGCGUGCGGCAGCCUCCGGCGAAGAAGACCGGAAGGAACGCCAGCACCUUCCUUUGCGCAAGCGCAGGCCGACCUCUCCCAUUGGUCAUCUCAGCUCGAAGUUGGCGUGCCCCUGCGCUCCGCUGUCCUGCCGGCUGGGUUGGAUUGACGCGGACGUGUGCUCCAGUGUUUAUCCGCCGACUGCAGCCCACCGGCCCCCGGGCCACAGUUCAUGAUGCUUACGCAGGUUUUUUUGUUUGUCGUUAUUAUUUUUUUUUAACCUUCUGAAAUCGUUUGUUUAAGCCGGUGAUUCAUUCAUGCUCAAGUACCGAAAGUCUCUCUGACUUAUGAAAGAAUAUCGAGCUUCCUGAUUCAGGGCCGGACGCUUACCUAACCUACUGACUUGGGAGCUUCAGAACCAUGGGGACAAAGGAGGCAGGAGAUGCUAGACCAGCGGAGUUGGGCCUUCCCUCAUCAGCCAACCCGAACAAGCAAAUGUCUGAAAAACCAAACUAUGCUCUUAAAUUUACUCUCGUGGGACAUACGGAAGCAGUAUCAUCGGUUAAGUUUAGUCCUAAUGGAGAAUGGCUAGCAAGUUCUUCUGCUGACAAAGUAAUUAUAAUUUGGGGAGCCUAUGAUGGAAAGUAUGAGAAAACACUUCAUGGUCACGAUCUGGAAAUAUCAGAUGUUGCCUGGUCAUCAGACUCCAGUCGUCUUGUUUCUGCCUCAGAUGAUAAGACGCUAAAGAUCUGGGAUGUGAGAUCUGGAAAAUGUUUGAAAACGCUGAAGGGGCAUAGUAAUUAUGUUUUUUGCUGUAAUUUCAAUCCACCAUCCAAUCUCAUCAUUUCAGGAUCUUUUGAUGAGAGUGUGAAAAUAUGGGAGGUGAAAACAGGAAAGUGCCUUAAGACUUUGUCUGCUCAUUCUGACCCAGUUUCUGCUGUUCAUUUUAAUUGUAGUGGGUCUUUGAUUGUGUCAGGUAGCUAUGAUGGUGUCUGUAGAAUUUGGGAUGCUGCAUCAGGUCAGUGUUUAAAAACACUUGUUGAUGAUGAUAACCCUCCUAUCUCUUUUGUAAAAUUUUCUCCAAACGGAAGAUAUCUUCUAAUUGCAACUUUGGACAAUACCCUUAAACUGUGGGAUUAUAGCAGAGGUCGAUGUCUGAAAACAUACACUGGUCAUAAGAAUGAGAAAUACUGCAUAUUUGCCAAUUUUUCAGUUACUGGUGGAAAAUGGAUUGUGUCUGGAUCAGAAGAUAAUCUGGUUUACAUUUGGAACCUUCAGACUAAAGAAAUUGUACAGAAAUUACAAGGUCAUACAGAUGUUGUAAUCUCAGCAGCUUGUCAUCCUACAGAAAACAUCAUUGCAUCAGCAGCAUUAGGAAAUGACAAAACAAUUAAACUGUGGAUGAGUAACUACUAAACCCUUUAGAAAUCAACUAGUAGAGCCAAAUUGGCAAAAAAAAAAAAAAAAGGUAUUUAAAAAGAUGGUUUCUCUUAAUUUUGGUAUGGUUUUGUGUUUCUUUUUAACAUUGUCUUACUCUCUCUGAC